AUGUCGGAUCGCUUGAGCGUCGAGCAGCGGGCGAUCGGCCGCCACGUGCUCAGCGAAUUGGACAAAGCGGUCGCCAGCAUCAAAGCGAAUCAUUUCGCAUGCGCUCAAGAGACGGACAGCGCACACCGUGCGUUCCAUACGCUGGGCAUCGAGAGUGACCUCUCUCUUUCAGCCAUUGAAACCGAUGCGUGCGUGGAAAAAACCGACGCCACGAAGGUCGCGCGCUUGCGUUGGGCGAUUCAGCUGGGCGGCUACGAUCGCAACGACAAGGUCCACCUCGUCUAUACGGACGGCAAGUACUACAUCCUCGAUGGGCGGCACAGCGUCGCCGCGCUCCGUGAGCUUCUCGCGGCGUUGGUACCGAUCAACCUCGAUGUCGAUGAGCGCGGCACGACCAAGGUGCCGGUGGUGAUCCACGCGCCAGAGAACGCGGUCAACGUCGCCACGGCUCUCCACGCCAAGUCCAAGCAAAAAAUUGCGAUGUUCGUCAGGCAAGCCUUCCUUUGGGACCAGUUCCUUCCGUGGAAGGUGAUCAAGGAGUCGCGAUCGAAAGCAAGCAUUUUCGCGGCGCGCCUCUUUCUUCUCGACGUCGCCGAGUUCUUUUACCUUCAAGUCGACGACCCAAAUGAUUUUCGGAGCCGUGGCAGCAAAGACAUCUACCCGAAUAUCGCGUCCUCGCUGCGAGACGCGUGCAUCUUUCUCAUGAAGAGAGUGUUCCCGCGCUUCAUCAACCGCUGCGAAGAGCUCCAGCCGCACCCCGACUCGAUCAUGGCCCGCGACAUUCUCAAGCUCUUGCUCCAGCUUGUCGUCUACGAGCAACUCAACGCCGAGACGUUGAAAGCGUUUCUUCCCAAAAUGUAG